UUGGUAAAACAGUCAAGCUGGGUAACUAGAAAAUAAAUAAGCGAAAAUGGAUAUUUUUGGUUUCAGGUACAGCAGAGGAUGGUUUGACUUUUCUCCUUUCUUUGUGUAAAUUGAGACACUCCUUUUUCUCGGUGGAGUCUUUAGUCUUCAGUCUUCAGUUCCUGUUUGGCUUUGAUCUACGCCGUCGCUUGAAAGAAGUUUGACUCAUGGCUUUGCAACGGACGCAACUCAUCUCCGUCGUGUUCCUUAUUCUAUCCCUGGCGCAGUGGGUUGUUGUCUCCGGGGACUACGGCAAAGUGUUACUCUUACCAAACGAGGGUUCUCGUACUGCUAUGAUUCUUCCUCUACAGCACUCUGUUCCCGAUUCUUACGUCUCCGACUUUAGCCCCCGUCGUCAACUUCAGAGAUCGCUGUCCCAACGCCACCCUAACGCUCGCAUGAGGCUCCACGACGAUCUCCUCCGGAACGGGUACUACACGACACGGCUUUGGAUCGGUACUCCUCCGCAGAGGUUUGCUCUAAUUGUUGAUACGGGGAGCACUGUGACCUAUGUCCCAUGUUCUACUUGCCAACACUGUGGUAAACACCAGGAUCCAAAGUUCCAGCCAGAAGAUUCAGAAACCUAUCAACCUGUAAAAUGCACAUGGCAGUGCAACUGUGAUGCAGACAGGAAGCAGUGCACGUAUGAGAGACGGUAUGCGGAAAUGAGUACUAGCAGUGGGGUCCUUGGUGAGGAUGUUGUAUCCUUUGGAAAUCAGAGUGAGCUUUCCCCUCAACGUGCUACUUUUGGCUGUGAAAAUGAUGAGACUGGGGAUCUUUAUACUCAGCAUGCUGAUGGAAUCAUGGGUUUGGGCCGUGGAGAUCUAAGUAUCAUGGACCAACUGGUUCAGAAAAAAGUGAUAAGUGAUUCAUUCUCACUGUGCUAUGGUGGAAUGGGUGUUGGUGGGGGUGCUAUGGUUCUUGGUAGCAUAUCUCCCCCAGCUGACAUGAUUUUUACACAUUCAGAUCCUGGUCGAAGUCCAUAUUACAAUAUAAAUUUGAAGGAGCUACAUGUUGCGGGUAAGCGAUUGAAUUUAAACCCAAAGGUUUUUGAUGGGAAGCAUGGAACUGUCUUGGAUAGUGGCACGACUUAUGCAUACCUUCCAGAAUCAGCAUUUGUUGCAUUUAAACAUGCUAUUACGAAGGAAACUCACUCGUUGAAGCAAAUAAGUGGUCCAGAUCCACGUUAUAAUGAUAUAUGUUUUUCUGGUGCAGGAAGUGAUGUCUCUCAACUCUCUAAAAGCUUUCCGGCAGUUGACAUGGUAUUUGAAAAUGGUCACAAGUUGUCACUGUCACCUGAAAAUUACCUGUUUCGGCAUUUAAAAGUGCGAGGUGCAUAUUGUCUUGGGGUUUUUUCAAAUGGCAAUGAUCCAACUACUCUUUUAGGAGGUAUUGUUGUUCGUAACACUCUUGUGAUGUAUGAUCGUGAGCAUACAAAAAUUGGUUUCUGGAAGACUAAUUGUUCUGAGUUAUGGGAAAGACUACAUGUCUCAGACGCACCAUCACCCAUGUCACCAAAAUCUGAAGGAACAAAUUUGACCAAAGCAUUUGAGCCCUCUGUUGCUCCGUCCCCCUCCCCAUCACAAUAUAAUUUAGAGCUAGGUGAACUCCAAAUUGCUCAAAUAAUAAUUGUAAUUUCAUUUAACGUCAGCUACAUGGAAAUAAAACCUCACAUUACAGAACUGACUGGACUCAUUGCUAACGAGUUAAAUGUUAAUACUUCACAGGUUCAGUUGUUGAAUGUUUCUUCUCUUGGAAAUGGUUCUCUCUCUAAAUGGCUCAUAACACCGAGGCCAUAUGCUGAUUUCUUUACAAAUGCCACCGCAAUGAGUAUGAUUACCCGGCUUUCUGAGCAUCGAAUGCAAAUUCCUGACUCACUCGGAAGUUAUAAGUUACUUGAUUGGAAUGCCAAGCCUCCAUUGAAACGGACAUUGGAUCUUAUGAAACAGCACAAUUCCGUAUCAUCUAUACAAUCACAUGAUUGAACAACAAUUCAUUGUUUUAUCAUUACUUCUUUUUCACCAGUUCUUAUGAAAGAGAUUGAAGAUUCAUAUAAGCUUAAAUUGUUAGAUGAAGGGGAAUUGAUGGGCCAACUUUUGAACUUAUCCUAUUUGAUUAUUCUAUUACUGUAUUUGUUACUCACUUGUUUAAUGCUUGCACUUUAGUUGACUGUUUCCUUCUUCAAAAGUAGAGGCUUCCUAAACUAAAUUAACAUCAGUACAUUGAACGCUAUUUAUGGUGUAUAUGAUUUUAGAGUUAUUUUUCAUGGUCUCUAAAUCAUAUAAUUCAAUUUAUGACCGACUUCAAGAGUUGCUGAGGAUUAGGUUUUUAUCAUUUUUCAUGUUCUCACAUACUAUGGUCCUUGUGUAGAUGGGGGUGCAGUAUAUUGAAUCCUUAUAUUUUUCGCUGUACUGCGUAGAAGCCUGUGGCAUGUUUUCUGCCUUAGUGAAUAGUUCAAUGGUAGAAUGAAGUGUAAUUAUUUGGAAAUAUUAAUUUAAGAUUAAUUCUAUUUAGAACCAUAAAAUUUUAAUACUUCACUUCUAUUUUUACCUGUUUGUCAUGCAAAUAUAUUGUGUCAAAGUAAACUUUUGGAACAAGUGGGAAAACAACCU